UGACUCUUAAGAAGAAUUAGAAGAUCCACAGUUACGUUUACGGAUUCCAAAAAUAAAAAAUCCAUCAGCACUCGAGUCAUCAACUUCAGAGGAUGAAGAAGUCGAUCUGACAAAAAUUAAAAGACGUCGAAAAAAUAAAAAACAAAACAUAGUUGCAUCUAAAAAACAGGGAAUAGACGAAAUUUUGAAAGCUUAUCAGUUUAACAGUGAAAUAAAAAACACAGAACAGAUUAAUGAUAACAACAUUGCUGAUAGUUCAGAUGAAACUGUGGAUGCAGAGAAUGAAAACAUGGAUAGAGAGAUCAAUGAUGUAGGUAAUGGUGAACAAUUAUCAGGAAAUAAAAAUUUGGACCUGCCAGAGCAAAUCAGCAAUGGAAAUAGCACAAUUAUUCCUGAGACAUAUGAGGGGGAAUCUUUAGUGACAGAUUACAAACCCGUAGAAGAAGACAACGAAAACAAUAAUUGUAAGUUGCAUGAUGGCAAUAAAAUCACCGAGGCAAAACAGAAUUUGGAUCAAUCGAAAGAAAUCAACAAGAAAAAACUUAAUUCCAUAUCGAAAGCUACAAAGAGGGAUUUGUCUGAAUUAACUGCAGAAGAUAUAGGAGAUGUCGAAGGCGAUGAUCACAACCUUCAUGAUGGCAAUGAUAUUACAAAAAUUAUCAAAAUGGGCAAAGGAAAAUUUUUGCUUGCAAAAGAAAAUAAGAAUCCAAUACUAGCAGCCAAGAAGGUAACAUUUGAUGUCACACCUGGAACUAGCAAGAAUGGGAAACCAAGCUUUAAAUCAACGAUUAGAAGGAGAACAGGCACUACCUCAACAAGAAUUUGAGCGACGUCAACAUUUGCGAGCAGAACAGCAACGACGCUUACUAGAAGCUGAACAACAACAACAACAACAACAACAACAGCAGCGACUUAACAAUGAUAACGACUACUACUUGCAUAAUGACCAGUUCCUGCUCGGUGAUAAUUUUUUCAUUUCGAGCGCUUCGUUUCGUGAUGCAAGCAAAGAAGAUACACCAUCACGAUUUAUCACUGCGAUGGCUCAUGCUAUAUGGAGAUCAGAGCUGUUGGCUACAAGAGUUGUAAGAAAACAAAAAAAUACAGGUGAACGAGACCCUCUUACGUCGAGGAAAGUUGAAUUGUUGUCGUAUCACUUCGAAAACUUCAUGAGAACGCGAAAUUUUUCGCAAGAAAGGAUUCGUAUUGAGCUUAAAAAACUCAAUACAUACUUAGGUCGAGUAAUAACGUCAGCAAA